GUGGCGGCGCUGGCAGCCCCGUGUGUGGGCGCUUUUCGAGGACCCCUACUCGUCGCGGGCCGCCAGGUAUGUGGCCUUUGCCUCCCUCUUCUUCAUCCUCAUCUCCAUCACCACCUUCUGCCUGGAGACGCACGAGGGCUUCAUCCACAUCAGCAACAAGACGGUGACGCAGGCCUCCCCGAUCCCUGGGGCUCCCCCAGAGAACAUCACCAAUGUGGAGGUGGAGACAGAACCCUUCUUGACCUAUGUGGAAGGCGUGUGUGUGGUGUGGUUCACCUUUGAGUUUCUCAUGCGUGUCACCUUCUGCCCGGAUAAAGUGGAGUUCCUCAAGAGCAGUCUAAACAUCAUCGACUGUGUGGCCAUCCUCCCCUUCUACCUGGAGGUGGGCCUGUCAGGUCUCAGCUCCAAAGCUGCCAAGGACGUGCUGGGCUUCCUGCGUGUCGUCCGCUUCGUGCGCAUCCUGCGCAUCUUCAAGCUGACCCGCCAUUUCGUGGGCUUGCGUGUGCUGGGCCACACGCUCCGGGCCAGCACCAACGAGUUCUUGUUACUCAUUAUCUUCCUGGCUCUGGGGGUCCUCAUCUUUGCCACCAUGAUCUACUACGCUGAGCGCAUUGGUGCCGACCCUGAUGACAUCCUGGGCUCCAACCACACCUACUUCAAGAACAUCCCCAUCGGCUUCUGGUGGGCUGUGGUCACCAUGACCACCCUGGGCUAUGGAGACAUGUAUCCCAAGACGUGGUCUGGGAUGCUGGUUGGGGCGCUGUGUGCCCUGGCUGGUGUGCUGACCAUUGCCAUGCCUGUGCCCGUCAUUGUCAACAACUUCGGCAUGUACUAUUCACUGGCCAUGGCCAAGCAGAAAUUGCCAAAGAAGAAAAACAAACACAUCCCCAGGCCUCCACAGCCUGGCUCACCCAACUACUGCAAACCUGACCCCCCACCUCCACCCCCGCCACACUCCCACCACGGCAGUGGUGGCAUCAGCCCACCACCGCCCAUCACCCCUCCCUCCAUGGGGGUGACUGUGGCUGGGGCCUACCCACCUGGACCCCACACACACCCCGGGCUGCUCAGGGGUGGUGCUGGGGGACUGGGCAUCAUGGGAUUGCCUCCUCUCCCAGCCCCUGGUGAGCCCUGCCCACUGGCUCAGGAAGAGGUGAUUGAAACCAACAGGGCAGUGGACCCCCGUCCCAAUGGGGACCCCGCAGCCGCUGCACUGGCCCACGAGGACUGCCCUGCCAUCGACCAACCAGCCAUGUCUCCAGAAGACAAGAGCCCGAUCACCCCCGGAAGCCGGGGCCGCUACAGCCGGGACCGAGCCUGCUUUCUUGUCACUGACUACGCCCCCUCCCCUGAUGGCUCCAUCCGAAAAGCCACUGGUGCUCCCCCACUGCCCCCCCAUACUGGCGCAAGCCAGGCCCCCCAAGCUUCUUGGCCGACCUCAACGCCAACGCAGCGGCCUGGAUAUCCCCCUAGUGGACGAGCCCCCUUCCCCCGAGGCUCUUGUCACCGCCUGAGACCUCGCGAGACCCUCGGGUUCCCCCUGUCCCUUCCCCCCAGGUUACGAGAAGUCCCGCAGCCUGAGCAGCAUUGUGGGCCUGAGCGGGGUAUCCCUGCGCCUGGCGCCCCUCGCCACUCCCCCAGGCUCGCCCCGGGCCACGCGCCGAGCUCCCCCAACCCUGCCCUCCAUCCUCUAGUGCUCCCUCUCCCGUGGGGGGACUGGGGGUGAUGGGAAGGUUGAAAGGAGCUGGGAGUGGGGGGGGCGGGGAAAGGGUUCUUUAAAAAAAAAUAGUCAUUAAUAAUAUGCAAAAGAGGUGAUGAUGCCAGCAGACACCCUCGGGCCUCUCUCCACAUACUAGAGCCUCCAGGAUAGAGGGGGUGGGGCCGGAGCCUGUCCUCCCCCUACUCUCUCCCCUUCCCCCCCAAAAAAAGCAAACCUCAGGUUGUCAUGAGCCAUAGGACACCUCUCCCAUCGACUCCUGUAAAUAACUAAAAGCUGAUUCCAUCUUGGGGCACCCACUCCAGUUUGCAUGCCUCCCAGACCCCCUCUUCAGCAAUAAGCCUGUCAGGAGCUGCUUGCAAGUGAGUUGGAGGGGAGGCCGCCGGUAGCUUAUGGGGUCUGGGGUCGGGACUGGCAUUUUAGGGGUUUUCCUGCUCACCCCCCAAAAUGGUGACCCACCCAUCACUAACUGAUUCAGGAAAAACAAACAAAAACCAUCUAGGAACAUGUAGGGAAAGGAAAGCAGGUUGAUGAGCGGCAGCCUUCAGGAGCUCUGCUGGGGGUGGGGGGUUCUGCCAGCCGCUCCCGGGCUUGGAUGACUCCAGCUGGUGCAUUCCACCCACGCCCGCCUCCAGGGAUCUGCUCCCUCUAUUCACUGCAUGGACUUAGCCCUCGAGGCCCACAACCCUCCACCCCACCCUGUCUCCACUCUCUCAGAACAGGAGACUAGCACCCUAGACUUCCGGAGAUUGACCCUGGCACCGUGCACUCCCAUCCCCGCGCACUCUGGCGCCCCACACUUCCAUCACUCCCAGACCCACCCACCACCGGCCUGGUCUGUACUUCAGUGCUCUUCCACCCUCCCAGACCCUUUCCUUGUAUCCCAGCUCACUUCCAGCCUCUGGGAACCGGCAGUCCUCGUAACCCGGACAUUGCUCAGAUAAACCCACAGCCACUCAAGCUUCCCCCGACCCUAGACAUCACACUCCUCUGUCCCAGGUACCUCUUCCUGGAUGGGCUCGGCCUGUCAGAUUCCAAGGAGCUCCCACCCCACUCAGCAUCUCUGCCUAGGCAGUACCCUCCUCAAAGCCCGUCCCACCGAGAUGGUGCCAAAACACAGUUUCCCAGAGUGUGGGACUCCUGUUUCCUCUUCGUGUGCUGUAGUUUACAGAGCGCACAAACGACCAGGUGUUUAAAACGUGUAUGCUCCAGGCACUGCAUACCUGGCUGGUGCGUACUGGCAGCGCAGCAGCUGGGUGUGCCCUGUGACACUGAGCAAGUCAAGGACAGUCAAGCACACAGCCUGCCUAACGUGCUACGGUCCCGGGGUUCAAUCUCCGGUAACCCCUUUUCCCCUAAAACAGCCCCAAAGUGAUCACAGAAGCUGUGGCCCGCGUGGUGGGAAAAGAGGACAUGCUCACCUCGGCUAGGACCUCAGCCUGCGCUUCCCCGCGUUCCUUGCCCUACACGUGCCACGUUCGCGGUGGAAAACUUUCUCAAAUCCCUUCUUGGCUCCAGUAUGCUACCUCCCCCCCAAGCCCAGAGACCACACUGGUCCCAGAAUCCUAAACAAACUCCCCUUUGGAGCAGGGUGGUCGGCAGAAUUAGCAAUCUCCCCCUUGUUCCCACAGCCUCAGGGAACCCUCCCUCGGUCACCAUAGUGUCAGUGGGAGUGUCCUUGGACCCAAUUCUUGAUGCAACGAUUCCUAUGCAAGGGGCGUUUUGAGUCCCCCACACACACACCCGUCCCCAGCCUUCCCUUGGGAUUUUAAACCCUGGUGAGACAGGGGUUGAGGGGUGGGUGGGAUCUGGUAGGGACAGGGCAAAGGGCUAGGGGGCUCCAGACACUAGGGUAUGGGGUGAGGACUCCUAAUAUUGCCAAAGGGUUCGACUUCUUUAAACAGCCCGUACUAUUCUCCCGUCCCUCAAAAGAGACAAAUGGGGCGGGGGAAGGGGUAGGAGUCCUUUUUGAAGGGUACCAGCCACUUCCCACUGUCUCCCCCUGCUCUCCAGUUUCCCACACGUAUCCAGCUUUUUAGUUAAGCUUUAAAAGAAAAAAGAAAGCUACUAUCACUAUAAAUGUCUACAAAACGUGAUUUUCGCCCCCUUCAUAUCUCCCAAUUUACCAAACUACGGGGUUCCGGGAGGAAGAGCCAGGUCCUGGUCUCCCUUUUCCCCACGGCCGCCAGGGUGCCUGCAACUGCACGCAUGCGCUGCAUGACGCGCCCCCACACACACGCAUGCGUUGCGCACCCCUCCUGCGCGGGUUGGGGGGGGGACGACGCUCGGACUUGGGGCUGGGGGCGGGCCGACGGGGAGGAAUGAUUGGCAGGGGGCAAGGGGGUCUUCCUGAGCUCAGCAGCUCCCCUCCUUCCCCACACACUCACAGCAAUAAGUUUCUCUACUUCUAGUGGGCGGACGGGCCUGGCCUGGCCUGGCGCGGGAGGGGCUGGCCAAGGGGCGCUCUCAGGGAUGGGGGCGGGUCCUGAGUCUGGGGGAGGGGAGGUCUGCAACUCUGGUGCUAACGGCGGGUCUUCCUGGCCCACCCGCAGGCAGGGAGGGAGGGGUCGGCAGGCUCCUCCCCCAAGCCUCCCCCACGCCCACCCAGGGUGCAUGAACCACCCUCGCUGCCGCAUGUCAGCCCUCCCCCACAAAGAAACAGUGUCAUGUCCCUCCCCUGCCCAAUAAAUGAUUCCUUUUCA